GGAAAACGCAUUAAACACUUCUAAACCGCAACUAUUUUAGUUUCUCCCAAAUAUGGCUUCUAAUAAUGUUUUAGGUGAUGAAGAAAACCAUCUUUCUGGUAUGGCGAGCAUCAAUGGGGGAACUCCUAGAUCAGCGGUUCUUGUUUUCAUGUUGGGUACUAUAGUGAUCUCCACCUUUGAAAAUGACACGAAAAUGCCAGAUUUUAUCAUGUCAAUUCUAAUAGCAAUUAUUGUAACAAUCCUACUACUAGCACAGUUGUUCCGGUGUCCGGAGGCCAUAUCAACCCAUUAUCUCCUUCUGGGCCGCGCUAGUCGGAAUUAUAUCCAUGACAAGAGCCAUAAUUUACAUGGUGACACAAUGCCUUGGUGCUAUUUUAGGUGCACUAGCUCUCAAAGCAGUAGUUGGCUCUACUAUUGCACAAACUUUCUUACUUGCUGGUUGCACCAUCACAGUUAUUGUACCAGGCCCAAAUAGGUCCAUCACAGUGGGCCUAGAGACGGCCCAAGCCUUGUGGUCAAAGAUCUUUUGCACAUUUGUUUUUGUAUAAACGGAAAAGACUCAAAAAUGUCUUUCGUUAGAUUUUUGGGUCAAAAAUAUCACUCCGUUAAAUAUUUAGCUCAAACAUACACCUCCCUCUAAUGGAAUUUGGAAAAGGAUCAAAAAUACCCUUGAACUAUCUGAAAUGGGUAAAAAAUACUCCUCUUUUAAAUAUUUGGCUCAAAAAUACCCCUCCGUUAACGAAAUUAAAUUAUUUCGCUAAUUUAUAUAAAAUUCAUCAUUU